ACAGUCAGAAGCAAUGACUGUUUCGGUCUUCAAUGUGGUCUUUGCAGGUGCAGGUGGGAUCAACUUUGGUUCGCCGGAAGGACCGUGGAACCAUAGUGAACGAUUGGAAAAGUUGUUAGGGGAAAGGUUGAAGGUAUUAGCAAUCAUCGAUCCAAUGAUCUGUGUAGCACAGAAACGUAUAAAUGAUAAACUUUCAACAGGAAACAAAGAUGUUUUGAAUGCAUAUGCACAAACACAAUGUUUUGCAACGAUUGAAGAUGCAAAAGAAUCGGAAAUUGGAACGAGAAAUACGAUUCAUUUGAUCGUGAAUGGAAUCCCACCUCAUUUCAGAGGAACAGAGCUCAAAGGAAAAGAUGCAGAUGUUCAAUUGAUGGACGCAUUUCCCAAUGCAAAAGCAAUCUUGACAGAGAAGCCGGUAUCUGCAUCGGAUCCAACGGUGAUCGAUUGUGAUUCAGUGGCAGAACAUUACAAGAACUUCAAGGGGGCAACAAGUGUAGGAUACGUCUUGCGCUAUCUCAACGUAGUGCAAACAUUGAAGAAGAUUAUGAAACAACAUCAAAUUGUGCCAAUGUGUAUUAAUGCACGUUACAUAAUGGCAUACGAAUAUACAACAAAAUUACACUGGUGGAACAAGGACAUCUCUUGUGGUCCAAUCGUUGAGCAAGCAACACAUUUUGUUGAUUUGAUCAGAUAUCUAUCUGGAUCACCAAUCGAUCAUUUUUCCGUCCAAGCAAGAACAGUAGAGCAUGACUGCCCGGCCGGUAAAUUGAACAAGAUGGGCUUUGAUGAAAACGCUCUCAUUCCUGCCGAACAACGUAUUCCACGUAUCACAACUGCUUCAUGGAGACAUCAACAUGGCACACUGUCAACUUUGAUGCAUGGGGUAGCACUGCAUGGACCAGAUUAUUCAACUGAAAUUGAUAUCGUAGCAGAUGGUUGGCUUUUACGUUUGUCCGAUUUAUAUCAGGACAAUCCAAAGUUGGCUAUUCUCAAACAAGGUGCUCGUGAGUAUGAGAUUAUUUGUGGACAUGAUGAUCCAUUCCUCACAGAGAUUCAAGCUAUUGUCUCGGCAGUCGAUUCUAAAGACGCAGGAGAAAAGAUCUUGAGUUCAUAUGAAGACGCUCUGGCAACGUAUAAGAUGACAUGGGAAAUCCGAAAGGCGGGUGAAGCAGAGCAAGGCAAGUAAGAUAUUAUCACAGUUUCUCUCAAACAGCUACCUUCAUUCGUGUAAUAAAGUCAAUAUCAUCAUCG